AUGCUUCACGAGGGUCAUUGGGGCCAAACUCGUAUGAAACAACUAGCGCGCAGGUAUAUAUGGUUCCCGAACAUUGAUCAAGCGAUUAAAAAUUGUUCAGAAGCUUGUUCAAACUGUGGUCUACAUGCAAGUCAACCGAAGCAACAAUAUUCAUCCUGGCCUGCGGCAGCUGGACCGUGGGAAAGAAUCCACAUCGAUUUCGCAGGUCCUUUUUUCUCUCAAAUGUGGCUAAUUGUUAUAGAUUCUUUUUCCAGUUUUCCAUUUAUUUUUGAGCUGUCAUCGACAACAACAGAAUCUACAAUUUAUGCUUUACAAAAAAUUUUUGCAAUCGAGGGACUGCCAAGCACAAUCGUUAGCGACAAUGGCCCGCAGUUCUCAUCAGCCAAGUUCAAAAUGUUCUGCAAGCUAAAUUCCAUUGAACAUGUGGGAACAGCACCAUUUCACCCAGCGUCAAACGGUUUAGCUGAACUCGCUGUCCGGACAUUCAAGGAAUCUUUCAAAAAAAUAAUGCAGGAGGAGAAUGACCGAGAGAAGGCUUUAUACAAAUAUCUCAUCACAUAUCGAGCGACACCAAUCCAAUCAUCAAAAAAAUCAAAAUCGGAACUCUUGCACGGCCGCCAGCCUCGCACCAUAUUUUCGGCCAUGUUUCCAGAAAGUCACCAAAAUCAACUGCGAGCACGAAAAAAUACAGAAAACGGAGACGACGUUAACACUGACGAUCUCGACAUCGAUUUGCAUUUGCGUACAGACUCAUUAUCGUCACCCGACAGCUCUUCAUACAGCGAUGUUCGAUUAGACAACGAAGUAAGAAGUGGUUCCAGCCCCAUGGCAUCGGGCAGUCAGAUACCAGGACUUCAAAUUGAACAGCAGAAAAAAACAGCGCAGAUGACUGAAUCCACAGCUACGCCUACACUCAGACGUACGGGAAGGAUAAGGAAAAAACCAGUCUUCUUUCCAAAUUAA